GAGCUGUUCUCAGCGGCACCUUCUUCAUGGUACCAGUACUGCAUCAAGGUCUCCAAGAUCAACGAGAUGACGACCACGGCGCCCAUCGACGACUUCGACUUCAUCGCACAUGCAGCUGAGGAUGCAGGACCAUGGCAGAAGGAGACUUGUUUCUGGUACGAUAUCUUGGCAGACGAGUGUUUCUCAGUGUCUCAAGAAGAUUUUCUGACAGAGGCCGAGGUCAUCAAGUAUUGGCAGUAUGUUGAAAUAAGCGACAGCAGCGAGACCAGUUUUUUCGUCUCUCAUGAAGUGCUUACUCUGGGCAAG